AUGCCAUCGCUGCUUCAAGAGGCGCCACAGCGAGCAGCAGCAACUAAAACCUUCAGCGCGUUGCCUCCACAGACCGCUAUUGUUUAUCGAACGAGCCACGGAAUCAGAGGACUUUUCCAGCUCCAAGACAGCCAGUCCAGCCACAACUUUGACAAAACCGAAAACCCAAUCUCCAAUGACGGCUACAUCAACCGAGGACAAAGCGGGAAGAUACCAUUUUGCAUAAGACAGAAAGCGAAGGUAGUGAGAGCCGAAAAUAUACCGUUGGGCAUGGAUGAGGAGCACUCGGUUGCAGGAGCAAAGAGGAAAGUCGCCGAGGAAGGUGACCAAGAGAAAGCUGCAGCGAGAAUUUGCGAGACGGCAAGAGACAUUGAGACUGUGGGGAUGGUGGGCGCUGGAGAGGUGAACAAUUCGUACAUCUCUAAAACGGCAAGAUAG